AUGGCCAAGACACAUACUACUCUCUUUCCAACCCCACCACUAGACGAAUGCAAAGCGCCGAUUGAGAAUGUGUUUGAACUGACUCCUGUGCCCAGCAACGAUGGCCAAGCCGUCUUCACCAACACCCAUCCUCUAUGGCAUCCCUCUGGAUCCCGUGGAGUAUACGGAGGGACUCUCAUCGCCCAGUCCCUCUCAGCAGCCAUGCUCACUGUUCCCUCUACUGUCAACAUGCACAGUAUGCAUUGCCAUUUUCUCAUUGCAGCGACAGCAGAGACACCCAUUUAUUACCAUGUUGAUCAUGUCAAUGAUGGUGAUAGUAUGGACGAAAAGGUCCUAGAGCACUCCAGAUCGAAACCUGAUGUUUCAGUGCCGCAAGAUCCUGCGGCAGGAGAAGGUACUGGGAACGGGCUGUUUGAAUCUCGAAUUGUGGACAGUGACAUUGACACCUAUUUUAUUGGAACCCUGUGGCGAGUCUACAAUCUAUCGCCUUACCCUUCUCCACCACCUACAGAUCAGGAAGAGCCAAACCAAAAGGCCGAAAAAAUCGAAGUGAUGGCCAGCCUCAACCAUUCCAUAUACCUACAUCACCCACAGGCGGUCCGAGUAGACGACUGGAUGCUCACAGAAAUGGAGACUCCAUGGGCAGGAAAUGAGCGAGGUCUGGUUGUACAGCGGAUAUGGUCCACAGAUGGAAUUCUCGUUGCUACCUGCAUUCAAGAGGCUUUGGUGCGGCUGAAGCAACAUGAAACUCCGAAGCACAUGCUAUGA